UGAAAUUCCGAGUAAACAAAGAGACUAUGAGAGCAAAAGUCACCAUCCCAGCACCGCAACAACUCAUAAACCAUUUUUAUACACCAUUUCAUUACAUUCAUUAAUCAGUGUACGAGCUUUAACAAUUAACAUGGCCCAGACCAGAUCAUGUCUCCAGUUCCCCCAACUGAAAAAAAAAAUACUAGAAAAACUCCAGCUGUAAUCUUCCCAUUAUUCUAAUUCCUACACGUGUAGCUUCUUUGAUUUCCUCCAUUGCGCAGACCAAAUUCUUACGUGGAGAAAAAAUUAUUAAUAUAUUCAUUCAGUAUGAAAGGCGAACUUUCCUCCUCCAGCUAGCAACUGGGCAGAGUAAAACGCUGGAUCUUCUAGACCUUCCUGUAUAUAUAUAGCUAGUGAAUCCCGUCUCAUUACAGCAAUAUUCAGUUCACCAUCCAAAAAAACAGAGCACUAAAUAGCUGAUCACAUAAUUCAUAAAAGAGAUUGAUCGACUCACAGAGAUAUAUGGCUCGAUUUGUUCUUCUUUCACUGAUUUUCAUGGCGGCCCUGAUCGUUGCAGCUGAAGCCAAUGACAUAGCUUCUUCACCGGCAUUGAGUCCAUCAGAAAGUAAAACAGAGCAAGCCCAUCGGAAUCGGAAAAUCGGAGGACACCACCGCCCCAAAGCGGCUGUUUCGCCGAGAUUGAGCCCAUCUGAAGCUCCCACCAUUGGAAAGGAAAGCACAAAUCACAUUGAAGAACACGACUCCGUACAUCAAGACGUAGCCCUUGGAUCAUCGGAAGACGACCAUGUUGGGAGUCUACACCGGCGCCACCAUUCGGUUGACAGAUCGGUGGCCGGUGGCGGAGUUAUUCUCGGCGGCUUGGCCACCACAUUCUUGGUGGCGAUUAUUUGGUACAUUCGAGCUACGAGAAGAACAAUUGCGGCACAAGAAGCAGCUAACAAACCAGCAGCUGCUCCGGCUGACCAAGUUUGAUUCAAUUUAUUCAUUGCCGCCGAGUAUUCAUCGGUAAAUUCACGGGAGAUAUAGGGUUAAUUAUAAACAAGAAAAGAGAGAUUUUCUUACAAAAAUAUUUUUGUUUGCCCGUAAGGCAAGGACAUAAUUAGGAUUUGUACAUUAAUUUAAACAAUCAACAAUGAGAAUUUAUUAUAAAUGAAAUUUGGAAACAAGUUUGUUUUCCCUGCACUUGCUAAUUCAUUUAACAGAUUCAUUUCGCUAUUUUGUUUUCUAUAGUACUUUUUUUAAGAGGGGGAAAUACUGUUUUAAGUGUCAAUUUUUGUUUUUUUUUAUAAACUUAUACUUUGGUCUUUAAUAAUAUGGUAAUAGUCUGGCAUUGCCUUCAUGAUCGUGGAAUGAUACAAGUAUACAAUACAACAAACUGAUUUUCACUUCCCCGUUGAGAGGUUGAAAUUCAGAUAGUAGUUUCAACCAUCAGACACUCAGAGUGGCUGAUGAAUCAAUGGUUCCACGAUGACUAUUGGGUUUUGUUCGAUUAUUGGAGCAGGGGUUAUUCCGCGCAUUAGUUCUUGUUUAGGAGAAUGGGUAUAUAUCUUAAGCUGAUAGGAAGCAAAUAACCAAAGUACCAAUGUGAUGG